UUGACGGAAGUGCGACCAGCCAGCCGGUGGUAGCUGAAGGAAUCCGGCUGUCAUUCUGUUGGGGUUGGAGGUUGUCGUUGAUCUGGGAGCAGGGAGCACAAAUAUCCGGCCUUGAUUCGAGCUGCUGCAGAGACUUUUAUCGUCAGCGAAAACAGGAAAUUACCAUGAUGGCGGCCCUGGGCAGCGCUGGUCGCUUGAUCCAAUUUGCCAGGAGCAGCGUUGGCCUGAGUUUGAGGACACGCUCCACUGCUGCAGCUUUAGCCCAGACUGCCAGUCCAGAAACUCAGGAGAACAGGAAGCCCAAGACAGGCAUCCUGAUGCUGAACAUGGGGGGACCCGAGAAACUGGAAGACGUUCACGACUUCCUGCUGCGGCUCUUUAUGGACACAGACCUGAUGAAACUGCCUGUACAGAAUAAGCUGGGGCCAUUCAUCGCCAAGCGGCGCACGCCUAAGAUCCAGGAGCAGUACAGUAAGAUCGGAGGGGGCUCGCCCAUCAAACACUGGACCUCCAUGCAGGGAGAGGGCAUGGUGAAGCUGCUGGACGAUAUGUGCCCCGAGACAGCUCCUCACAAGUUCUACAUCGGCUUCCGCUACGUUCACCCGCUGACAGAGGAGGCCAUAGAGGAGAUGGAGAAGGACGGAGUGGAGAGAGCUGUGGCCUUCACACAGUAUCCUCAGUACAGCUGCUCCACCACAGGCAGCAGUCUGAACGCCAUCUACCGUUACUACAGCAACAGAGCCGACAGACCCAAAAUGCGCUGGAGUGUCAUCGACCGUUGGCCCACACACCCUCUGCUGGUGGAGUGUUUUGCAGACCACGUCCGUAAUGAACUGUUGAAGUUUCCAGAAGAGAAAAGAGACGAUGUUGUCAUCCUGUUCUCCGCACACUCCCUCCCUCUGGCUGUUGUAAACAGAGGUGACCCCUAUCCUCAGGAAGUGGGAGCCACUGUUCAGAGAGUCAUGGAGCGACUGGGACACUGUAACCCCUACAGACUGGUGUGGCAGUCCAGGGUGGGGCCCAUGCCGUGGCUCGGCCCACAGACCGACGAGGUGAUCAAAGGUUUAUGUGAACGAGGGAAGAAGAACCUCCUGCUGGUGCCCAUCGCCUUUACUUCAGACCACAUAGAGACAUUACAUGAGCUGGACAUAGAGUACGGACAGGUGCUGGGGGAAGAGUGCGGGGUGGAGAACAUCAGGAGAGCAGAGUCGCUGAAUGGAAACCCUCUCUUCAUGAAGGCCCUGGCAGAUCUGGUCCAGUCCCACCUCAAGUCCAAUGAGCCGUGUUCCCGCCAGCUGACCCUGCGCUGCCCACUGUGCACCAACCCCACCUGUGGAGAGACCAAGGCCUUCUUCGCCAACCAGAAACUCUCAUAGAAACACAUCCUCGCAUGAACGCAUACCCACACUGAUGCCUUUCCUGCAACAGGGCAGCCUGUAGAGAAACUUCAGGCCUUCUUCUAGAAAGGAAAGCUUCGUACGCACACACAAACACGCUAAGUCUCCCCAGCGAUAGUGUCCACAAAAUGCAACACCAACAAUUUACCAACGGAUUUCUGCUAAUACAACAAAACAAAAAGUCUAAAUGUAUCUGCCUAGAUAGACAACACAAAUUUAGGGUUUGGUCUUUUUAUUUGUGGAACUGAAUAUCAGGCUUAUGCUUGUAAUGGAACAGAUCCACUCUAAAUCAGCGGAUGCCCUUUGGUCAGAGUCUGUGUAGAUACAAAAACCGCAUCACAUCUCAUCAAAGCUACACCAACCCUUGCACUAUAAUUUUUUAUUACUUUUCCCUGGCUUACAUUCCGUUCCCUUAGUCCCUAAAAGUGUCCAUCAGAGACCCUGUAUCUCUUUGCUCCAGUGCUAAAUGGUCAGCCAUGAUGAAGGCACCACAAGAACCGGUGUUGUGCUUGGUUGGCUCCUUCUCUUGCUCUAACCACCCAUCCUGCUGCAACCCCUGUAAUGUGACUGGAGGAGGUUGGUGGUGCUCAUAGCUGCCUGAUACCAGAAUACCAGCUUAAAAUAGGAAAAAAGAGACAUUCUGGGCUUCAGAAUAUGAGUCUCACAAUGCACCAUUUGGAUUUCAUUACACGUUGUGUUUCAGCUGAUGUUGAGAGAUGUCUUUAAAGAUUCCAACAAUCCUCGCUGACCUCAGGCCGUUUAGUGAAGUUCGUUUUCAAAACCAGGCGGCAUGGAAUCCUCAUGAUUAUUUCAUGGGGACACCCAUGUUUCUUCUUCCCGUCCCCUCACUUAUUGCACACUGUUAGUAUAGAGCAAUUGAGAUGUAAUACAUAUGUCAAAACGUUAGUUUUAUUCAGUAACGUAUUUAGCUUUAAGCAGAGGCUCAGUGCAUGGUCUGAGGCAACAAGACCAUUCAAGUAUGUAACACUGUAGAUGUGAUGUAAGCAGAAAAUAACACGUGUUUCACGGGACAGUUGGAAAACACAAGCAUAACCCUGAGACAUUGGAAUUAUUCAUUAAAUAACUAAAUGCAGUAAACAAAGAGUGUAGUACAGUUUUUUAAUGUUUUGAUCGUUGACGUUAGUGCAGGAACUUGGCAUGAAAAACCUAACAAGUUAGUGCGCUGUAGUUGCAGAAAAACGUUGCUGCUUUGACUCCUGCUGUCCUGUUUGUUGGGAAUGAGAACCAGCAAGCGAGCGUUCAAAAUGUGGACAGUAACUUUACUUUGAUCUGCUUUUGUCCUCUUAUACCAUGAGAAUGUGCCUUUUGCACUGGCUAACUAGAAAUACUGGACUCAUGCUUUAUGUUAUUUUUUACAUGUGCUUAACCAAAAUGCUAACAUAGAAACUCCACCCUGAGAUCUCCAUUCACAUGUUCCUGCUGUGAUCCGGGCCUUCCACAGGUUCUCUUAUGUUUAAAGCCAGAACAACUGGCAGGGGCAUUAGAUAUCCCAAACUGCACAAGUUUAGCUAACAAUAAGCUAGCAAGAUAGUGGGUGCAUCAUCAAGCUAAUUAGCCACUCAGUUUGCAUUUGUAUAUUUUCUACAAGGUAACCCUGUAAACUGUGGCUACCUUAACACCACAGUGUUGUGGACAGAAGGAGACGUUGAGACUUUCUGAAAGCCAUGAUGUCUCCCACUUCCGUCUGUAAAUUUGCAGAUGGCUUAUAUAGGCUGUUUAAAAAAAAACGUGCACACAAAGCUAGCAAUUCUGAAAUGUAGUACAAAUGAUUUUCAGCCAAAUAUCAAUUGCUUUCUUUUCCGUUCUGCUAAAAUAGCACAAGCGCAGCAAAACAACAGCAAACUUAUUACUAUCUGUUACUUAGCGCCCCCUUAAUGGCUUAAAGAUUUUAAGUUGAGACGUCCUAAAGAAAAUGUUACAGAACAGAUGCUAAUGUCUGUUUGCUUUUGAAUAUUCUUAAGUCUAUAUAUUGUCGGUGUGCACAUACAAUUGAAAUUGAAAUAGCUGUAUGAACUCUUGUUAGCCACUUGCAGUUCCAGUACAGUAAGACAUCACUGGGAGCUUAUCGUAUACACAAAAAUCUGCAGUACACACAUGACACUCCACAUCUUGACAGCAGAGCUUAGGACAUGGUUGCCAUUAGUUACCUGCGACCUGUCGUCGUAAUGUUAAACAUUGAUUAAGACAUAAAGAUCUUGAAGGUCUUUGUGUUUCAUUGAUCUUAUUUAGGCAUCCUACGAGGGCGUGAGGUUCCCAGCUUUGGGUUUUAUUUCCAUAGUCCUUCUACAUUGCAGCUGUUCCACCACAGAGAAAGCCUGUACAGUUCAUUUAGCCGGUGCAUUUUUCUACUUCCAUUUUGCAGACUCAAAUGCACUUUACAACACACAUUCUCAUCCAGUACAAGCACGCUCUUCCACAGGCUUGAAAGGUCAGGAUGGCUUUUAAAGGAGCUGUUCGCUCCGUUCAGUUUCAGUAAGACGCAUGUAGAAAUUUUGUAACAUUUUUGUAACACAACAGUCAUGUUUAUGUCUCUGCUUUUGUACAAUGCCGUAAACUCAUCCGACACACGCUCGACAUUUGAAUUAAGCUCUGCUGAUAUUAUAAUAAAAAAUUAUACCGCAAUACAAAAAUAAAUUGGUCUUAAACCAAACUAUCACCUUUAUCGGAUUCUGAUAAUAUAUUUUGAUGAAAUGGAAAAAAGAUCCAGUUUGUGUGGGAAUAACCAAUAGUUCAGGUCACAGCAGAUAGACAUGCCUCUCUCUGUGUGAGGGGUGGGUGUUUCCUAAUUUAUUUUCAGUUAUACUCGUGUGUCAGGUUUGUUUUGAAAACGUUGCGUGUGUUAAGCAGUGACUGCACUGUGCAGAGUUUGUAUUGUACAUAAAACAGUCUGUCUGUAUAGCUUUUUUGUUGCUCCAUAGUAUGUUUUUUUUUUUUUGGAAGUUGUUUGGAUUUAUUUAUUUGAAUCAUUGUUUUUUUGUUCCAGAGCACACAAACCAUCUGUCCCUUCUGUGCAUUUUUUAAAACAUGACAUGGUAUUGUGGAACGACAAGUCUUCCUUUAAAAUAAAAUACUGGAAAAACAAAAUGCUGCAGGUGUAAGAAAA